AUGCAUUUCUCACUUGCUGGAUUCUUCAGUUCCUUGACGUUGAUGAGGUUGCCUUGGAAGUUCGAGAAAUUUGGACUUUCUGGAGUGAUGGAGAUUGUUGAAAAGGCAAUUGAGAGCUCCGUCGACCCGCUCGGAUCGACACGACCUCUAAAAGUCCAAAGGGCUCCGUGCAAAACGGAGCAUGAGAAUCGCAUCGGAUCGCACCUCCCAACCGCUAGCUCGAGAAACCGGGAACGCAGGAGACACCCGCAUAGAACUCGAGCCACUCGAAAGCCUCACCAUCCCGAAGAUGCUCUUACGAGCUCGUGUGAGAAACUGGCAGACCCGAAAAGCCUGAAGGCCGAUGCCAACCCCGUGUCCAACGUCACGUCGCCGUCCGAAUGA